AUGUCAACUAACUCACUUCCAAACUCUGCAUGGGCAUUCAACACCAUGGCAUCAAUGAAGAAAGGUCCCACGGUAACGAAUACUACCAAGAACGGAGUUUCUACAUUCGCUGCUUCCCCUCCUCUCGUCACCUCAUCUCCAGCAAAUCCCCCUCCCGGGGUCGCUCCUCCAAAACGCAAUAAUGGCUUUGCCUUCUCCAUGGUAGGAGGAUGUAGCCCAGCCAGCCAACAACCAACCCCUGCUUUUGCCCCAGCUCCAGCUCCUCUUCCUCCUCAUCCCGUCAAUCCUCCUACAUAUCUCCCUCCACCGUACACCACAUCCUCUUUCUUUCCUUCAACAACGACCGCUGUACCAUUUCCCUACACCAAUAAUCAUUCCUCUAGCUUUUUCUCCUUUGUUUCUUCUGCGCCGAUACAAGCAUCACCAUCACCAUCGACUCCCACCUCUUUUACCCCGUAUAACCCAUUUACUUCCAUCCAACAAUCGCCAUUUAACCCAGCACUUCUCCCUCCCUCCUUCAUCCCCACCAUAGCGCAACAACCCCAACUACAUUCCCCGGCAGCAAUACCCUUGCGCUUCCUCCCAGCACGACCGUGCGCACCUAGCCCCGCCGAAACCCCCGCCCGGUGCUUCAUUUUUGACGGACUAAACCAGCGAACCACCGAGGAAAUGGAUUGUAAGCCUUGCCUCCACAUCUCUAAUUUUCCCAAAUUUUCAGAAAACUGAUACCUAGCUCGUGCUUUAGGGUGGACAGAUGAAUAUUCAGCCUAUCUCAAUAGUCUUGACGAGAUGGAUUGGGAUUGGACGGAUGACUAUUUAUUGGAUUGUUGCGAUGUGUUUUGAAAUAUGUAAGUAAGUAAGGUUUCUCCUCUGUUCGUUCAUUUACUGACUCUAGCUAUAGAUCUGCUUGAGUUUUCUUGGGACACUACUUCCUCCUGCACUCACUUAGCUUAGGAAAGCGCAAUGGAGAAUGUUCGAGGAUUUAGCAGUCUCGAAUACACCAUGUUGUCUCGUCUCAAAGCUUGAUAAACAGAAGUCAGAUCUGAUGACGACUUCCUUCGAGUUUUACUGAACUUUUCGAUGUCCUUUCAAAGGACUUUUCUCCUCGUCACUUUAUUCUCGCUCGACUGAUGCUAACCACCCA